GCGCUGUGGCGCCGCUAGACGCACGGAGCGGGCGGAAGUGACGUAGCGGAAGUGGAGUGGCGGCCGCCAUAGCAACGGCGGGAUGAAUGCGCCUCCGGCCUUCGAGUCCUUCCUGCUCUUCGAGGGCGAGAAAAAGAUCACCAUCAACAAGGACACCAAGGUGCCCAACGCCUGCUUGUUCACCAUCAACAAGGAGGACCACACGCUGGGGAACAUCAUCAAGUCGCAGCUGCUCAAAGACCCGCAGGUGUUGUUUGCAGGGUAUAAGGUCCCACACCCUCUGGAACACAAAAUUAUCAUCCGUGUCCAAACCACCCCGGAUUACAGCCCCCAGGAAGCUUUCACCAAUGCCAUCACAGACUUGAUCAGUGAACUCUCCCUCCUGGAAGAGAGGUUCAGGGUUGCUAUUAAGGACAAACAAGAAGGAAUUGAGUAAAAUACCCCCUUUGGAGCAGACUUAUUUCUGAGGCAGAAUGAUGUGUCUGUUAUUGGAUGAAAUAUUUAAACCUCUAUUCAUGGCAAAUAUUUUCCCCCUUGUCCCACUUCUGUUUUAAUUUUUGACAGCAGCAGCAAUAUUCUGAGUUUGGGUUUUUUUGUUUUUUUUUUUAUUAUAGCAGACAGGCACUUUUCCAAGAGGAUAAAUGCUGUGUUGGAUUUGGUGGAUAAGUCAAUAAAGUGAUUUUUAGUUUUGUAGUUGAAGCUUUAAGGCAAAUAUUUGUCCUGGGCUGUUGGGGAGGUUGUUGUGGGUACGAUUCCAGCAUGAGAAGCUGCUCAGUGACAGCUGGAGAUGAACUCUCUGCUUUUCCUGCCAAAAAGUCCAGGCACUGCUAGCUGAACUGGUAUUUUGUUUUAUUAAGUGUCAUUUCUAUAAAACAAAUGCACAAAUUGUGAAAACUUACAGUAAAAGAAACCGGAUGUUUACAAUGAA